GAGGGGCGGGGGCAGGGGGAGCGGAAGUAGGAGCUGAGGCCCCUCCGGCGCGGGGGAGGAUGCGCCCCGCUCCAGGCGGAGGCAGAGCAAGACCAGGAGGGAGACCCCGCUCCCGCUGUCGCUGCCGCCGGGCGCUCUCCGCGCCGCUGCCUCUGCUAGUCCUCCUCCUCUUCCUCCUCCUCCUGCUCUUCCUCGCCUCCGCAGAAGGGGAAGCGGAAGCGGAAGGCCCGGAGCUGGACCCGGAGGCGGUGUGCGGCCUCUCCCCGGCGGCGCCCCCCGACCUGGCGGCCUUCCGCCUGCCCUUCUGCGCCGCCUACAGCCUCUGGGACCUGCUCCACGGGAUGGCCCGCCCCGAGGGGCUCGACUGCGCCGCCCUCCUCCUCCGCCCGCGCCCGGCCCACCAAGGCCCCCAGGGGCCCCCGCUCGGGGACUGGGCCCCCGCCUGCGCCGCCUGCCUCGAGGCCUACCUCCGCCUCGACGCCCACGCGCGGGAGAAGCACGCCGAGUUCGCCGCCCUCCUCGCCCGCCUCCCCCAGGCCCACCACCACCACCACCAAGGCGCCUACUCCGUCCGCGCCUGCCUCCAAGACUGCCAGGCGGCCUACAAGGCGUGGUUGUGCUCGGAGUACUUCCAGGUGGCGCAGCUGGGGUGUGCACACCGGGUCCCGUGCCAGCAGUACUGCUGGGCGGUGCAGAGCAAGUGCCCCUUCGUCCUCCCUGACAACGACCAGCUCAUCUACGGCGGGCUCCCAGGAUUCCUCUGCACAGGGCUGAUGGAGCCGCCGCUGCUGGAGCAGGAGGCCAAGUGCUGUGCCCUCCAGUGGGACUCCUGUGGCCGGCGGCCGGAGCACGGCCUCAAUGCCUCCUCCUCCUCCUCCUCCUCCUCCAUGGACGCCUUGGAGCCCUUUGACGGACACCCUCCACACUCCCACCACCAGCAGCAGCAGCAGCAGCACUACCACCUGUACUACCACCACCCCCAGCACCCUGCCCCUCCGCCCCCUCCGUCGCAGCCUGUCCCUCUGCUGCCGGUCUCUGCGGGGUCCCGCCUGGCCCCCCCCAGCAGGAUCCGGUUCGGCCUCCUGCUCCUGCUCCUCUUGCACACCAUGGCGUCCUUCUCAGGCGGCCACGGGGACGGAGGCAACGGCGGCGACAGGGAGGAGGGCGGAGGAGGAGGAGGAGGAGGGCAGGAGGAGUGACCGUGCGGACAGCCCCCUGUGAGGGGCGGCAGCAGCAGCAGCAGCAGCAGCAGCGGUGCAAAGCUCCGCGGGAGGUGACGGCUCUCCUCCCGCCAAAGGGCCACCGCAGCGGCGCCGGCAACAGUGGCCACAAGACGGGAGUCGGUCAGCCGGGCGGCCGGACGGUCGGUACACCGGGCCCAAGCAGCGCCUGCGGGCAGAAGACGGGGGUCCGCCCUCCGAGGUCCCAGGGGGCCACUUACUCUGCAAGGGGGCGGGGGCGGGGCCAAGGCAAGGAGGAGCUACAGAAAGGGGAGGAGCCAAGGCAAAGGGCGGGGCCAGCGAAGCGCAGCAGGCAUUGGAGGAGGGCUGCCUUCCUUCUGCUUCUAUUAUCGUUGUGCGACUCUGCGAAUGGGCGUGGCCAAGGCAAGUGGGAGGAGCCAAGGCAUGGGGUGGGGCCAAGGUGGGGCUGUCUUCCUUCCUUCCUUUUAUUGGCACGCUUUGAUUGUCACAUGCGACUCUGAGUGGGAGGGGCCAGGGGAAGAUGGGCGGGGAACAGUAAAGGGGGCGGGGCCAAGGAAGGGCUUCCUUCUGCCUUUUUAUUGACCUGCUUUUAUUGCUCUUUGCGACUCUGCGAGUGGGAGGGGCCAAGGCAAGGGGCGGGGCCAAGGCAAGGGCUUCCUUCCUUCCUUUUAUUGGUCGGCUUGGAUUGUCACAUGCAACUUUGUGAAGGGGAGGGGCCAAGACAGGUGGGAGGAGUCACAACAGGGGGCGUGGCCUUCUUGCGGCUUUUGUCACCUGUGACUACAAGUGGGAGGGGCCAAGGCAAGAGAGGUGGGGCAACCACAAAGGGGGCGGGGCCAAGGCAAGGGCUUCCUUCCUUCCUUUUAUUGGUCGGCUUGGAUUGUCACAUGCAACUUUGUGAAGGGGAGGGGCCAAGACAGGUGGGAGGAGUCACGACAGGGGGCGUGGCCUUCUUUUUAUCAAGCUGCUUUUGUCACCUGUGACUACAAGUGGGCGGGGCCAAGGCAAGGGGCAGGGCAAGGAAGUGCACCAGGCAUGGGGGGGGGGCGGCCAGGCUUCCUUCCUUCCUUCCUUCCUUCCUUCCUUUUAUUGGGCUGCUUUUAUGAUUAUUAUCAUGUGUGACUCUACAGGGAACUGACCACCAUCUCUGCCCACUUUGGCCAUUCAACUGAUGCCCCCCCCCCCCCAUCUCUGGGCCAAGGGCUGCGUUCUCCGGGAGAAGAGGGGAGGAAUGUGAAUGGUUAUCUUCAGAGACAGUUCUGCAAAAAAUCAGCCCUGGGUUCAGCCUUUGCCGAUUUAUUUGGGAUUUCCUAGCAGAGUUUCGUCAGGAGCCCCAAAGAGUGGGGAAGAUCCCUCUGGCCACUUCCCAGUCCCUUUUCUUCGCCCCGAAGAGUCCUUCGAGACUCUCCCCCUGGCCUCUUCCCAGUCCCUCCUCGCUGCUAUUUGCAUUUCUAAGUGCCCAUUCAGUGUCAGGGGAAGGCCCAUCUCACUGCGGAUGGAGUAGUCUUGCAGGGUUUUGGUGACUCUCAUCCUAGGAAGUCUCUCCGGGAUUCUCUAAAGCGACUCGGAGGUCAAACUGAGGGAGACAGAGGUGCGAAACAGGCCAAUGCAGAAGGCUCUUUGGGGCCGGGUUGCGCUUUCAAGUCCUCUUCCCCCCUCACCCCAGUUUCACUCCUCCUCCUCUUUCCUUCCUUCCUUCCUUCCUUCCUUCCUUCCUUCCUUCCUUCCUUCCUCUUCCCCCUUUCCUCUCCCCCUCCCUUCCACUCUGUGUCCUUUCGAAGGGAAGGGAGAGGCCUUUUUCUUAAUGCCAUUUUAUACACUGUGCUUCAUGUUUAGGACUUUUUUGCACUAGUAGUCCCUACCGACGACAUUGGAUUCCCCCUCCCCUCCCCCUCCCUAAGAUGGUUUGACAACACACUCAACAAUGAGGACAACAACGACAGCAAACCCAUGCUAUAAUUCAGUUGUAUUAAAACUUAUUAUCCUACUACUCUUCUGUGUUUCAAUAGUCUCUGUACCUGUAAUGCUUUUUCGGUUUCUGUUGUAUUUCGGACCAGGGUUUUCCCUCUGCUCCUUGUUUAACCCAGUAAAGAAAUAAAACCAAGUGUUGAGAAUUGACGGUGAGAA